CCGCACCCGGAAGAGACGUGGCAGCGAAAGAGUAACAAGAGCCGCAGGAGGGAGCGAAGCUACGGCUCCCGGGCAGCCCCCGGGAGACCAUGGGGCUCUGCAAGUGCCCCAAGAGGAAGGUGACCAACCUGUUCUGCUUCGAGCAUCGGGUCAACGUGUGCGAGCACUGCCUGGUGGCCAACCACGCCAAGUGCAUUGUCCAGUCCUACUUGCAGUGGCUCCAAGACAGUGACUACAACCCCAACUGCCGACUCUGCAACACCCUCCUGUCCACACGGGAGACUACGCGCCUUGUCUGCUACGAUCUGUUUCACUGGUCAUGCCUUAAUGAACGAGCUGCCCAGCUGCCUCGAAAUACAGCGCCUGCUGGCUACCAGUGCCCCAGCUGCAGUGGCCCCAUCUUUCCCCCUGCCAACCUUGCAGGCCCUGUGGCCACUGCCUUGCGGGAGAAGCUAGCCACUGUCAACUGGGCCCGAGCUGGGCUGGGCCUCCCACUGAUCGAUGAAGUGACUCCAGCCCCUGAGACCCUUGAAACUUCUGGCUUCUCUGACUGGUCCGACUUUAAUACAAGUAGCCCCUCAGGGCUAGAAGAGCAAACCUCCUCCUCGGUCACUCCAGCCUUCUACAGUACGCCCUCAAGGCCUCCGCCUUCCCCUGGCCGGCCUGAGCAGCACGCCAUCAUCCACAUGGGCAGCCCUGAGCCCCUUACAGCCUCUGCUCCUCGAAAAGUAUAUGAUACCCGGGAGGGAGGCCGGGGUCCCGGCCCCCACGGUGACUGUGAUGAUGACAAGUACCGACGGCGGCCUGCCCUGGGAUGGCUGGCCCAGCUGCUUAGGAGCCGAGCAGGGUCCCGAAAACGGCCCUUGUCCCUGCUGCAGAGGGCAGGGCUGCUGCUGCUGCUGGGAGCCCUGGCUUUCCUGGCCCUCUUGGUUCUCAUGUCCCGUCUGGGCCGGGCUGCAGCUGACAGUGAUCCUAACCUCGACCCUCUCAUGAAUCCUCACAUCCGUGUGGGCCCAGCCUGAGCCCUAUCCCUCUCUUCCUUCCUCAUCUCUGGUGGGAAUCCCACCUAGCUGGGGGGAGAGUCGCGGCCAGUGUGGGACAGGGGGCGCUGGCUCCUCAUCCCUCUCCUCCCCACUCCAGUCUCCUGACACACAAAAGCCCCAGUAAUGUGAGGGGAUGAGGGCCUUUUGGCUGUUGCUGCUGAGGUCCUGGGACUCACUUGGGGCUGAGUUCUGUCCCCCAACCUGCUUUUCCUUGGGAGUGUCCCCAGACAACCAGCCCACACCCACCUUUCUCCUCCAUACUCCUCCCUCAGGAAAAGCUGUGGUGUUGAAAAUAAAUGACAGACUUUAUUAAA